CACAAACUCAAACAUUCACAGUUACAGCUCUUCUCUCUACCAGAGUCGUUUGACAGCUCCAAAGGUCAUCCAAGCACAACAGAUCAGAAGUCAUUGAUUGCCUUCAGUCUCAGCCAGCAAUCCAAUCAGACAUCACUGAUUGUCACCAAUCUCAGCCAGCGAUCCAAUCAGACAUCACUGAUUGUCACCAGUCUCAGCCAGCGAUCCAAUCAGACAUCACUGAUUGUCACCAGUCUCAGCCAGCCUCCAAUCAGACAUCACCGAUUCUCAUCAGACUCAACCAGCCAUCCAAUCAGAGAUCACCGAUUCUCAUCAGACUCAACCAGCCAUCCAAUCAGACAUCACCGAUUCUCAUCAGACUCAACCAGCCAUCCAAUCCAAUCACAGCUGAUGGAUCAGUCUGACGGUCCGGCAUCACAGACCCCUACAUCUGUCCAUUCUAAAGCCAGCGAUGACCGGCCUCCAAUGGCCGCCGAACAUGACGUCAUCAACCAGGAGUCCAUAACUAUCACCACAGAUGGACAGACAUCAACAGAAAUCCAGUCUGAAGACACAGACCCAAAAGCCGACACCAACAGCACGCCUGAAGAUUUGGAUCGACAGUUUUCAACAACUAUCCAACCUCCAGUCAUGGAUCCAUCAGAUGUUAUGGUCACCACCCAACCUCCAAUCAGUGAUCCACAUGUGACUAUGGUCACCACCCAACCUCCAGUCAGUGAUCCACAUGUGACUAUGGUUACCACCCAACCUCCAAUCAGUGAUCCACAUGUGACUACGGUUACCACCCAAGCUCCACUCUCGGACCAACAGUCUCCAGUACCCAAUACGGCAGUGACCAGUGGGCAAGAGAAGAAGAGUGACACCUUUCUGCAGCGAAUGAAGAAUGCAGACACGAUGGGCGAGAAGUUUAACGAGGUCAAGACAUCCAUGACCCACGGGGCACAAAAGAUUGGGGGAAUGAUCGAUGAGAAGAUUAGAUCUUUAAAUGCGCACAAAGAUCUCCAGAUGACUAUGGUACCUGCAGAGGGCACACCUGUAGCACAGACAACCUGCUUCAUGCCUCCUGCCGUUGUCCAAGCACAGACUCUACAGUCUUCCACGGUAACGCAGGCUCAGGUUGAGUACACACAAUCUCCCAUUGAAACACAACUUCAGCCUGCAUAUGCACAGUCUCCCAUGGAAACCAAGAAUCAGGCUGCAACCAUGGCAACCUCACCCCAGUACAUGCACCCCCAGGGUCCGGCUGUGGUACAACCCCAGACCAUAAAUCCCCAGGUGAUGGCGGCUCCUUAUAACCAGUUUCAGAAUCAAGGUUCUGGGGUGGUGAUUGUGUCCGGUAGCCUUGGUGACCAACCGAGUGUGACAGUUUGCCCUAACUGUGGGAAACGUGUUAUGACCAGGGUGGUCUUCAAGAGUGGACCGUUCUCAUGGGUUAUGUGCAGCACCUGCAUCAUUUUUGGGCUGGUGUUUGGGUGCUGCGUAAUUCCAUUCUUCAUGGACUACUUCAAAGAUGCCCAUCACUUCUGCCCUGAGUGCGGCAACCCCUUACAUGUCCACAAGAGAAUGUAACACACACAUUAUUAUUGUCACGUCUGGGACAUUUUCUUACUUUCCAGCUG